AUGAGUGCAAGAGAAGAGAAAAAUAUGGACACUAUUGUUCAUUUCACGCAUCGACAUCCACUUAGCAUCUCAACAAUCCAAUGUCGAGCAAGACAUAAUGAUCGAUGUGGCAUGUGCUCGGAAAUCCUUGAUCCAAUUGCCAGAGUUUAUGCUUGUCAAGGUUGUUCAUUCUUCUUACACGAACAUUCUGCUGAAUUGCAGCUGGAUAUUUCACACCCCUUUCAUCCCCAUCGCCUUCAUCAUCACAUUGAUCCUAUUGCUAUUGGGAGAGGGUGCGACGCUUGCAGCUCUCGUGGAUCUUAUCCGUUCAAAAGCUGGUACCGAUGUGAAGAGGCUGACUGCUCCUUUAGUUUGCAUUUGAAGUGUGCUCUGUUAAAACCUUCUCAUGAUCAUCAUCGAGUAGAGGCGCUACAGAAUUCUCACGGGCAUUCUCUACUUGUUUGCGACAGGCCAAAUGUUUUGCAUUACUCUUGCACUCGCUGUGACACUGAAUUUGGAGAUGAUGACAAGAUUUACGUUUGUCUUGAAUGCAAAUGCAUGUUAGAUGAGCCGUGUGCUGCUCAUGGGCAGGAAAUCAGGCAUCCCUUUCACUCUCAACAUACUCUCUCUCUCGUUCUCUAUUAUUUGCGUCCACCUCGUUGCUGCAGCCUCUGUGGUGGCGGUGGAAGGAAUGGUUAUUUCUUCACUUGUUCUUCAUGUGAUUUUUGCCUCGAUGUUGAUUGUGCCAACUUGGGCGAGACUACCACAAUCUGCAAAGCCGACCAAGGGCAUAUUCAAAUCCAACCUGUAACCCACCCCCAUCCCUUGAUUCAAGUGGAAGUAAUGAUUAGCAUGAAGAAUUUCAGGACCUGCUGCUUUGCUUGCGGCCUCCGCUUUGAGGAUCUUGUUUACGCUUGCCUUUCAUGCGGAAUCCUACUCCAUAAAUCCUGUACUGAUUUGCCUAACGAAAUCACUAGCCAUUUGCACCCGAACCACUUGCUCAAACUUGUCAAAAACUCUUUCUGGUUCCACAAGAGAUUUUCUUGUCGAGUGUGCUUACAAUCUACCGGCCACUUUUUCUACGACUGCGAAGAACGUGACUUUGGGUUGGAUGUCAAGUGUACAAGAUCUGCAUUCCCACUUGUAAUGUCCAAAUACCACGAACACGCUCUUGCUUACAUUGACAUUCAAACGCAUAAUUUUGAGUGUGUUUUGUGUAUUGGUAUUUGCAGACAAUUUUACUUCAGGUGUUUACGCUUGGAUUGCAACUUCAGCAUCCACGAUCACUGCUAUCCAUCGCUGCCACCGACCAUCAAAGAUGAUUGCCACAUACAUCCCCUGACAUUUGCCAAUUAUCCAAUCAGGGGGGUUCCAGAUGAUCCGGAGGAAGAAGCAGAAUUGUAUUGCUAUGCCUGUGAAGAAGGACGAGCAUUCAACCGUAUCACAUAUUUCUGUUCAUCAUGCCACUUUGUUGCUCAUGUUCAUUGCGUGAUAACAGCGAUCAUAUCUUACCUGCACAAGGAGCCUAAUCACUUGGCCACUACUAGCAUUGGAGAACAAUUGGGGUCUACCGGUGAUUCAGCUGAUGAGGAAGCAGUUCUGCACCAACAAGACGAGGAAAUUAUGAGACUCGAAAAGGAUGUGCAAGCACUAAUGGCAAAAAUAGGAGAACUUACAAAAAGACGUUAUGAGCAUAUUUCAAAGCGAACUACGUCCAAAAGAAAGUUCCUGUUGGAAAAAUGA